AUGUCGCAUUGUACUGAAGAAGGAAUAGCUGAAUUCCAGCAAGUAACAGCUUCUUCAAGAAGAGCUGCUAUUUGGUUUAUAACACAUAAUAGCGACCUUAAUGAUGCAGUUUCAAAUUAUUUUGAUCGAGGAGAAUCUUCAAUUCCUGAAUCUUUUGAUCCUGAUGAAGAUGGGAGUGGAUCAUCAGAUACAGACGAUACUUUUCUCAAUCCUACAAGCGAUGGAAUUUCAGAUGAUGGAAAAAGUGAUGAUUCACUCACAAAAAUAUUCGAAGAACCACCGAUUGAACCACAGGAACCAAAAUUUAUAUUACAACAAGGGGUUGUUGAAGAAAAUGAGGAUCAAAUUACUCCAAUACAAAUUGAUAACACAAAUAUUGAGAGUGGAUCACAAUUAUCAUAUGUACUUGACAAAGUAGCCAAAAACAUAGAAGUUACGCAAGAUAUUGUCGAAAAAGAGGAACAAUCAUUCAAACCAAGAAAACAAAUCGGUAAGCAUUGCUAUUUUGUUUUGUGGAAGGAUGGAUUCACAUUCAAUGAUCAGUUCUACAAUAAUUCAUCAAUAAAUAGAGAAGAUGUCUUAAGAAAGAUCUCUCUUGGGCAACUUCCAAUUCAUACGGAUGAAUUUAAUGACAUUCAAUUCAUUAAUCGCAUUAAUGAUGACCAUACUACGGAAAAAAUCAUUUAUCAUGCUUUCCAUUGA